UGCAGUGCGCAGUUGCUACGUGAAACAAAAAUCUAACAAACAAAAUGUCUGGACGCGGUAAAGGAGGCAAAGUUAAGGGAAAGGCAAAGUCCCGCUCGAAUCGUGCUGGUCUUCAGUUCCCUGUGGGCCGUAUCCACCGUCUGCUGAGGAAAGGAAACUAUGCCGAACGUGUUGGAGCCGGAGCACCCGUCUAUCUGGCGGCUGUGAUGGAAUACCUGGCUGCUGAAGUGUUGGAAUUGGCAGGAAAUGCUGCCCGUGACAACAAGAAGACCAGAAUCAUCCCACGUCAUCUGCAGCUGGCCAUUCGCAACGAUGAGGAGUUGAACAAACUGCUCUCUGGAGUGACCAUUGCUCAGGGCGGUGUUCUGCCAAACAUCCAAGCCGUGCUACUCCCCAAGAAGACCGAAAAGAAGGCCUAAAUCGAACGCUGAACCAACUCUUGUACAAAACCGUCCUUUUCAGGACGACCACAUAUUUGCGAUAAAGAAAAAAAUGAAAUUGUUUCCAAUGGAAUAUGUUGCUAAAAGACAAUUUAUAAUUAUACAAUUAUGCGAUAUGACUGAAAUGACGCGCAGCAAUUGAUUUUUUUCAUGUGCUGUUCAAUGUACCAUAUUGUUGAAAAGCGUAACUAUUAAAUGACUACAAAAUUUUUUGACAGUUUUAAGACAAUAUGUGUA